CUCUCACUGACCAGCUCACAGCUCACAGCAACCACCACCAUGAAGGUCCUCGUUGUUCUCGCCCUGGUCGCCGCGGCCUCCGCCGCCCCCCAGUUCCUCGCCAAGGAGGUGAAGAAGGUGGAGAUGCUGCCCGGUGCGUCCUGGGAGCGCCACGAGGAGCACCUGCUCGCCGCCCCCGAGGCCCGCAUGAUGCUGGUCAAGGGCGCCUCCGCCGAGGGCCGCAUGCUCAAGUCCAAGGCCAUGACCAAGGAGGGCGGCGCUGAGAUCGUCGACAUGGCCUUCGACAUGGACGAGCCCGGCCGCUACGUGUACCACUUCAAGACCAACAACGGCAUCGCCAUGAUGGAGCAGGCCGCCCUGGAGAAGGACGCCGGCAAGGUGCAGGGCGCCUACGAGUGGACCAGCCCCGAGGGCCAGAACUACAAGGUGGAGUACGUCGCCGACGAGCUCGGCUACCACCCCGUGGCCGCUCACCUGCCCGUCGCCCCCGAGAUCCCCGUGGCCAUCCAGCGCUCCCUGGAGUGGAACGCCGCCCACCCCGAGGAGGACAAGGAGGCUGGCAUGUACGCCGAAAAAAUGAUGCACUGAAAUGUAUUUUUAUCUCCCAAUUGCACGACACAUUUAAGAAGAUUAGUGAUCUGAUGGACACUGCUCCAAGCUGAUGCUAUUCUUUCUCGCUGUGGCGUGCCAGGUUAUCAUCAUCUUGUAUUUUCACCACUCACUAUAUUAAAACAUCAUACAACAA